ACUGCGAGUGGAUCUCUUCCACCACACGCCCCCACCAGGCCUUUUCUUCUUCUGUGACGCCCACCAGCGCUGGCUGGCACGUGCGCCCACGCUGCUGCUCUCGUCCAACCAGUACUUCCUGCCCGCGCUCUACCUCCUCCCCUCCUUCCGCCGCGCCCUGCUGCUGCUCUUCCCCACGCACCGACCCUUCCACUCGCUGGCCCGCGUGCUGCUCGUCCCCUGCAACCGCAUCUGGGCACGCCUCACAGUGCGCUACCACGCGCUGCUUGCACCGCUGCCGGGAAGGGUGGGCGUGCAGGGGCGCUUCUUGCACAACUGGGACGCGCAGCGCGUGAGGGAGAGGACGCUGGUCCUGGGGCACUGCGCUGGGCAGGCGCUGGGCGGGCUGCUGGCCGCCCAGCCUGGGGCUGCUGCCGUGGGUGGGGUGAGCCACGGCACUGAUGGCACCGCUGAUUCUUCCAGUGGUGCUGCUGCGGUGAGCGGUGCAGAGACAGCAAAGGGAGUGGCAGCACCAGUGAUGGUGACGUCGCUCAAUGCUCAUUUCGCUCACAACCUCUCCCGCCUGCUGUCCAACCAGCUCGGACACCCCGUGCACGUGCGAGGGACUGUGGAGCCUGCUGGCAGCAGCAACAGCAGCCAAGACUCAACACAGGAAGGCCCCAGGGCAACCGACAGCAGCAGCAGCAGCACCAGCCCUGCGGAAGGUGGCACUUUGAGCAGCGAGAGCGGCAGGGACAGCAGCAGUGGUGGUACAAGGGCGGAGGUGGAGGUGGUGCAGCUGACGGAGGAGGAGCAGCAGGACAACAGCGACGGGCGCAACGUGGACGACGCCAUCAUCGACCUCUGCUCCCUCGCCCUCUUCUCCCACUCCCUCCUCCUCUCCCCCACCUCCACCUUCGGCUACCUCAUUGCUGCCCUCGCCCCGCACACCCCGGCCCGCUUUGCCUCCUCCUCCUGCCCGCCUGCCCCACCAGAGCCGUGCUACCACCACCCCCCCACCCACGACCAGUGCCCUGACGGCCAGCCGCUGCUGCUGGAGCGGGCUGUGGCUGCGGUGCCGCACCUGCCUCUCAUGCGCUGUGCCGACCUCUCACUGGGGCUCGCUCUCAACACUGCCGCUGCUCCUGCUGAUCAUCCUGGCCAGUAG